CCCUAGCAAACAAUGUUGACGCUGUGAUUGGCCCGUUUAGCUCGGUUUACACCUUGUCAAGCAUGCGCUGGUUGGGUGCCGUCGUCAUCGCGGCAGCCGUCGGUGUUCUCGCGCAUGCACUGCACUGGACAGAGAAGCACCACCUCCAGGAGAAGGCCAAGGAGAUGUUCUUCCAUGGAUACAACUCGUACAUGACACAUGCCUACCCGUGGGAUGAACUCAAGCCGCUGAGUUGCGAGGGACGACGAUGGGACCGCAAAGAACGCGGAGACCUCGACGACGCGUUGGGUGGCUUUGCAUUGACGCUCAUCGACUCGCUCUCUAUGUUGGCUCUUGUCGAUCCCGUUGAGUUUGAAGCAGCUGUGACCCGCGUGAUUCACACCGUAAAGAACGACCCCACCUUGCGACGUCCAGCCUUGCCAGACGAGCGCUUCCACAUAGGUGUCCUUCGACCGCGACGUGACUGUCUCUGUCUUUGAAACCACUAUUCGCGUCAUCGGUGGUCUCUUGUCUGCGCACAUGCUGGCGACGUCAGGCGCCGUCGGGUCCAUACACUUGACAUAUCAAGGAGAACUCGUCGACUUGGCCGUCGAAGUCGGCACGAGGUUGCUUCCAGCGUUUAAAACCAAAACCGGAUUGCCCGUCCACCGCGUCAAUCUCAAGCAUGGCCUGGUGCGCAAUGCACCAGCACUGACAUGCCCGGCAGCAGCGGGCUCGUUGUUGCUAGAGUUUUCGGUGCUGUCUCGGCUGUCUAAUAUUCCAGACUUUGAAGAUGCUGCCCUCGACGCGGUCUUGGCGCUGUGGGAUCGCCGAUCCGAGCUGAAUUUGCUCGGGAGCACGAUCAACGUCCACACGGGCGAGUGGGUGCACACCCACACGGGGAUCGGGGCCGGUCUCGAUUCGUUUUACGAAUACCUGCUCAAGUACUACGUCAUGUCCGGAGACAGCGACUUCCUCGACAUGUUCAACCAAAGUUACGUGAGCAUCGAGAAGCACUUGCUCCACCCCCGCGACGGCUACCACCGUGAAGUCGACAUGAGUCUCGGCAACCAAUUCGUGCAUUCGAACCGCGUGUCGGCAUUGCAAGCGUUUUGGCCAGGGCUCCAAGUCUUGGCCGGCGAUCUCGCGGCGGCCGUUUAUUCGCAUCAGCAACUGUUUGACCUGUGGAACGAAUUCGGAGCGCUACCGGAGCUGUACGAUCGGUCCGGCACAGGCUCGGUCGUUGAAUGGGCCAAGCACUACCCCCUUCGCCCGGAACUAGCAGAAAGCACGUACCACCUGUACGCCGCGACCAAGGACGACAAGUACCUUCAAAUCGGCCGCAAACUCCUGCAAGACAUCGACGACACGUCUCGUGUGUCGUGUGGAUAUGCAGCUGUCGGCAACGUCCACGACAAGCGCCUCGAAGAUCGCAUGGACAGCUUCUUCUUGAGCGAAACAGUCAAGUACUUGUACUUGCUCUUCUCGAACGACACAAGUGUAGUCAUUCCCAAGACCGCGGUCAACCGCAAUGCUCUGCCCGCUUCGCACGUGGUAUUUACCACGGAAGGGCACUUGUUUCCCGUCGUGCCAUCGCUGUAUCAAGACGCGACGUCGAAACGUCGCAAGUUCCGCAAGCCCCAUCAAGAUCGCACGUGUGCUGCGCCGUACUCUCUGGGAAGGCUGACGUCCAAGAACGCGCACUUGGACGCGGCUGUGACCAUCCGCCACGGCAAUCUGCACAUCAAGACUUUGUCCGCAUCGCCUGCCCAAUUUGGGUACAAAUUGUCGGACGGACGGAUCGACGGCGCGUUGUAUGCUGCUCUAGACGACGUGCAGACGGCGUGCCAGGACCUGUCGGCGCUGGCACAGGCGAUUCGAGGCAAGAUUGUGCUGGUGAAGCGCGGGAAUUGCUCGUUCACGCGCAAGGCGUUGUACGUACAGCAAGUCGGGGGCAUUGGCAUGAUCGCCGUCAACUCCAAAUCAUCCGGCGGCCGAGACCGCACUGCCCACCGGCUGUACAGUUUGUCCGACGAUGGCGCAGGCACUCACGUGACGAUUCCCGUGGUCAUGGUGUCCAAGCGCGACGGUCUGCUGCUCCAAAACGACGUCGCCCAUUGCGACCAAGAGCUCGUUGUGUCGCUCUCGAUGCUACUUACAUGACAUCCACAAAAUACUUGGACGAAUCCUUGCACCCCACGAUGUACAUGUUGAGGAAACUUUGCUUCGUGUGGACAUCAUGUGCGGACCAUGCAAUUCACGGCCACGGCAGGCGGCAUCAUGAGGCGAGUCAAUGGCGUUUCCGUACGCAUCGACCGCCCGUGUUGUCGGGACGGCAGCAGUGGCGAG